GCCAGUGGUCUGAACAGAGCUGGAAUCCAAGACUGACCAGAGCUGGAAUCCAAGACCAAGACUGCUGCCCGGGACCCCAGAGCCCCACACCCACGGCAGCCUGACUCCCUGGGGCCACCAUGGCACUCAAGAAUGUCAAAGGGAUGCAGAAUGGUGCUGUCCCCAGUGAGGUGGCCAAACGAGACAAGAACCUCAAACGGGGCAACUGGGGCAACCAGAUUGAGUUUGUGCUGACCAGUGUGGGCUAUGCUGUGGGGUUGGGCAACGUCUGGAGAUUCCCUUAUCUGUGCUACCGCAACGGGGGAGGUGCUUUCAUGUUCCCCUACUUCAUCAUGCUGGUGUUUUGUGGCAUCCCCCUCUUCUUCAUGGAGCUCUCCUUCGGCCAGUUUGCCAGCCAGGGCUGCCUGGGGGUCUGGAGGAUAAGCCCCAUGUUUAAAGGUGUCGGCUACGGCAUGAUGGUGGUGUCCACCUACAUCGGCAUCUACUACAACGUGGUCAUCUGCAUCGCCUUCUACUACUUCUUCUCCUCCAUGACUCCCGUGCUCCCCUGGGCCUUCUGCAACAACCCCUGGAACACGCCCGACUGCGCCGGCGUCCUCGACGCCGCCAACUUCACCAACGGCUCGGCCGCGGCCCCCGGACCCCUCAACCUGUCCCAGCUGCUCAACUACACGCUCAAGAGGACCAGCCCCAGCGAGGAGUACUGGCGGCGCUACGUGCUGAAGCUGUCCGAUGACAUCGGCAACUUUGGAGAGGUUCGGCUCCCCUUGCUUGGGUGCCUCGGAGUGUCCUGGGUGGUCGUCUUCCUCUGCCUCAUCCGAGGUGUCAAGUCCUCAGGGAAAGUGGUGUACUUCACGGCCACAUUCCCCUAUGUGGUGCUGACCAUCCUGUUUGUCCGGGGGGUCACCUUGGAAGGCGCCUUCACGGGGAUUAUGUACUACUUGACGCCGCAGUGGGACAAGAUCCUCGAGGCCAAGGUCUGGGGAGAUGCUGCCUCCCAGAUCUUCUACUCCCUGGGCUGUGCUUGGGGGGGGCUCAUUACCAUGGCUUCCUACAACAAGUUCCACAACAACUGCUACAGGGACAGCAUCAUCAUCAGCAUCACGAACUGUGCCACCAGCGUCUACGCGGGCUUCGUCAUCUUCUCCAUCCUCGGCUUCAUGGCAAACCACUUGGGGGUGGACGUGUCCCGAGUGGCCGACCACGGCCCAGGCUUGGCCUUUGUGGCCUACCCAGAAGCUCUCACCCUGCUGCCCAUCUCCCCGCUCUGGUCUCUGCUCUUCUUCUUCAUGCUUAUCCUGCUGGGCCUGGGCACUCAGUUCUGCCUUCUGGAGACUCUGGUGACUGCCGUUGUGGACGAAGUGGGGAACGAGUGGAUCCUGAAGAAGAAAACCUACGUCACUUUGGCUGUGGCCAUCGCUGGGUUCUUGCUCGGGGUCCCCCUGACCAGCCAGGCGGGCAUCUACUGGCUCCUGCUGAUGGACAACUAUGCUGCCAGCUUCUCCUUGGUCGUCAUUUCCUGCAUCAUGUGUGUGACCAUCAUGUACAUCUAUGGACACCGGAACUACUUCCAGGACAUCCAGAUGAUGCUGGGCUUCCCACCCCCUUUCUUCUUCCAGAUGUGCUGGCGUUUUGUCUCCCCAGCCAUCAUCUUCUUCAUCCUCAUCUUCACGGUGAUCCAGUACCGACCGAUUACCUACAACCAGUACCAGUACCCGGGCUGGGCAGUGGCCAUCGGCUUCCUCAUGGCCCUCUCCUCGGUCAUCUGCAUCCCGCUCUACGCCCUGUUCCAGCUGUGCCGUGUGGACGGGGACACUUUUCUGCAGCGUUUGAAAAAUGCCACCACACCGAGCAGGGACUGGGGUCCAGCCCUCCCCGAGCACCGGACCGGUCGCUAUGCCCCCGCCACAGGCGUCUCCCCAGAGGACGGGCUGGAAGUUCAGCCCCUGCACCCAGACAAGGCCCACAACCUGCUCCGGGGCAGCAAUGGCUCUGCCCACCCCCAGGACUCCCGGAUAUAAGCACUGUUGCAGGGGACUGACCCCCUCCAGACCCCUCCCUCCCCACCCUCCAGAGACUGCCCCAGGCCGGGGGCAAGGAGCACCCUGCCCGCUGCUGCCACCACCGCUAACCCUGCGCUCCUGGCGUGUCUCAUCCUGUGUGUCUCCUUCCGUCCCCCCGUGUUUACAUGACAAGCCCUUCUUAUGUGCCAGGACCCGAAGGGGGCAGAGGCCGGGCCGGCCCUCCCUCCACCCUCAGUCUGUCCACACGCUAGGGGAUGCGGGCCUGGGCUGGCCGUGGCUGGGCAGGCGUGCUCCGAGGAGUCUUUUUGCUGCUGUUGGGGGCACAGAGGUGCCCGAGCCCCCCCCCCCCGUCCCCCGGGACCUGGGCUCUGGGCAAGCUCUUGGCCUAGGAGAGUUGGGAAGGACCUCAGAGGCCAUCGAGUGCCACCCAGAGACCAGAACAAGGCCCGGAAUGAGAGGGCCGGCUUGCCCUUCAGUACCCAGCAAAGGCAAAAGCCCAAACCAGGGGCCUGCCCAGCCUUGUGGGACCAGCACCUCAUGCCUCCUGCUGCUCUCUGGACCCCCAAUAGAAAGGGGAGGUGCCCAGCCUAGGCUCUGAGGGCCAGGAGGGGUGCCACCUUGCUGUGCCCAGCAUGCAGCUGGCUGCCACCCUGGUGUCAGGUGGUGCCAGGCCCUUCCUAAGGAGGCCAAACUCCCUGAAGAUGAAAUGUGAUGUCCCCAGCUGGCCUCGGCCCUCUAGCUGCCCAGUGAAGGGAGAAGGUUGGGGGGACGCCCCGCUGGCCCGUCUCCAGGCAGGGGGAGCCCAGCAGUGUUACUUGUGCACCCAGCCGCUGCCCCUCUAGCAUUAGCGCUCUCGUGUGGUAUGCAGGGGGCACCCCUGUAGGAUCCUCUUUGUGUCCAACUGUGUGUAUCUGUGGUUGCUCUCCUUCCCCCCCCCAGGCCCAGGCCUAGUGUGUCUUCCAGGCUCGUCCCACCCUCCCUUGGGCCUCUCUGGGGAACGCCCCCCCCCACCCCCUCCCUGCCCCGUCCAGAGCCCCCGGGGGGUGAGCCCUGGAAGGCUCGGCCCCGGGGCCGCACAGGAAAGUGUCAAGUGAUGGUGCCAAACGGGCAUGUGUGGGGCCGGCGGGCACGCACCACGGCCCUGCCCAGCCCACCCGUCUUCCUUGGCCUGCACAAUGGCCCUGUCCUCGGUCCCUCGCUGUGUGUGUCUCCUAAUUCCCGAUGGCCACGAGGGUGGGGCUCAGCCCCUGGCCCAGCUGGCCGGUGCACUGCUAGGGUUUAAUGAAAUUUUUAUUCCUGA